AAAAUGAGUAUUGGUCCACUAGAGUAGAGAGUGAUAUCUUUAACAGUAAGAAAAAUUCUUUAAAAGCCAAUUGGCAGCCAUGAAGAACACUAGAACCCACCCAUGAAUAUCUGUUUCCUUUCACUCACUCCUUGUCUCUAAAACCCAUUACCCAUCAUCAUCACAUGGACUCAUCAACAAUGGUUGAGGAGCUGGACCUGAACAAUCUCAAAGCACUCAAAGUGUUGGGAAAAGGAGCAAUGGGCACCGUCUUCCUCGUCCAACACCACCACCACCACCACAUGGCCCUCAAGGUGGUCGACAAAUCCUCCCUCCACGACGCCGACCGCCGCGCCCGCUGGGAAAUCAACGUCCUCUCCCGCCUCUCCCACCCUUUCCUCCCUUCCCUCAUUUCCACCUUCGAAUCCGAUAGCUUGCUAUGCUACGCUCUCCCUUACUGCCCCGGCGGCGACCUCAACCACCUCCGCCACCGCCAAGUCGACCACGUCUUCUCCCCCGCCGCAAUCCGCUUCUACCUCGCCGAAAUCCUCUCCGCCCUCCACCACCUCCACUCCCUCGGCAUCGCCUACCGCGACCUCAAGCCCGAAAACGUCCUCAUCCAGCAAAACGGUCACGUCACCCUCACCGAUUUCGACCUCUCGCGCGUCCUCUCCCAUAAAACCAUAACCGCCCAAACAGAAAUCAUAACCGUCGCCGACACACCCCGUAAAUCUCGCCGCUGGAACAGGAAUCCGUUAUUCUCCAACGGCCCCACUGCCAAGUCAGCACGAGUCAACCCGGAGAGCCGGCGAACCCCGAGUCUCUCCGACGGGGAGCGGUCUAACUCGCUCGUCGGAACAGAGGAGUACGUCGCGCCGGAGGUUGUUCGCGGCGACGGGCACGAGUUCGCCGUGGACUGGUGGGCACUCGGAGUGCUGUGUUACGAGAUGAUGUACGGGACGACGCCGUUUAAGGGGAGGAACCGGAAGGAGACGUUUCGGAAUGUGCUGGUUAAGUCGCCGGAGUUCGUGGGGAAGAAAACGGCGCUGACGGACCUCAUAUCGCGGUUGCUGGAGAAGGAUCCGGAAGAGCGAUUGGGUUACGUUCAUGGCGCUAGCGAGAUCAAGGAGCAUGAGUUCUUCAGAGGGGUCAAGUGGGACAUGCUGACGGAGGUGGCGCGGCCGCCGUUUAUUCCGUCGAGAGAUGACGCUGCCACGGCGGCGGAUCGGUGCUCAGCCGGAGUGGACAUAAGGGAGUACUUCAAGAGUUUAAACUCUCCGCCGUCGUUGACCCCUUCGCCGUUACCGUCACCUCCUAGUUCUCCGAGUGUUUCUUUUGCUGAAUUCUGACGCGCGCACGUGUGGCUCUUGCACGAGACGCAGUUUUUUUUAACGCGCGCACGUGUGGGCUGUUGCUGAAUCUGAAUUCUUUCUAGUAAGACUGGAAAUUCUGUGUACGUAGAGGGUAACGGUGAACGUGAAGUUGCUAAGAUUUUGUGGAAUAUAUAUUAUAUAUUAUGGUUAUAUAAUACAAGAUAAAUAUCAAGGUUAUUAAAA